AUGAAUGUAACCCAGAGGCCCAGGGUUACGGUAUCAGCAUUACAAAACCCUAAUUAUAAAAAAACGAAACGAAAAACCUAACGAGUUUUGUUCUCCUAGUUGAAAACCCAGAAGCGGCCGAAGCAGCAGAACCAGCGCAACAAUGGCGGACGUUGAAGUCGAUGCAGCAGCCGCAGCAGGGAUUCCAAAGAAGAGAACGUUUAAGAAGUUCAGUUUCAGAGGCGUCGAUUUGGAUGCACUUCUCGACAUGUCCACUGAUGAGCUCGUCAAGCUCUUCAGUGCACGUGCUCGUAGAAGGUUCCAGAGAGGUCUCACCAGAAAGCCCAUGGCUCUCAUCAAAAAGCUUCGCAAAGCGAAAAGGGAGGCGCCACCUGGUGAGAAGCCAGAACCUGUAAGGACCCAUCUUCGUAACAUGAUUAUUGUACCCGAGAUGAUCGGAAGCAUCAUUGGAGUGUACAAUGGAAAGACAUUUAACCAGGUUGAGAUCAAACCUGAGAUGAUUGGGCAUUACCUUGCCGAGUUCUCAAUUUCAUACAAGCCUGUUAAGCAUGGUAGACCUGGUAUUGGUGCUACUCACUCCUCCAGGUUCAUUCCUCUCAAGUGAUUUAUUCUAUUUGGGAGACUCUUUUUGGGAGGCUACACUUGUACUUUGCAGUUUAUUUUGAAGGAAGAAACUUGAAAUGAUUUUGUUUCUUAUGUUUAGUGCAUUUUAUUUUAAGUUCUUGGUAGUAUAAACAAUGUUUUGAUAAUGACUUAAUUAUUGAGUUUCAGCAUUCAGGCUUA